UCUCACUUCAGCUCUUCUCGAAUUACUACUGGCAUGCUGUCAGAAUCACAGCGGCACAUAUCCUAAACGUCAUAUAAAUAUCCACUAUAUUUUACUGCUCCCAAUAUAUUACAUCCCACCAAUCUAGCUUGGUUAUUUUCUUCGCAUUCAUCCACCAUGCACCCUCGGCACCCGCUUCUAUCCCGCUGGUUCUCCCAAGCAAUGCAGGGCGUCCGGCGAUCACCGAUGUCAACAACAACAACAACAGCAGCCAAAACCCCCUCGAUCCUCCAGCAACUCUCAAACGCAAGCCGCCUGCGACAACCGUUCAGCACCACCGCCACCAAACGCACCACCCCCCACCUCCAGAGCCGCACCCUCCCGGGCCGGAUACACCUCAAGGGCAAUGGCAACUUCCAGCGCCGGUUUUUCUUCUCGUCGCGGGCCAAGAACUCCUCGCAGUCGGGAUCGGCGCCGUCGCUCUCCCAGCGCCUAAAGACCCUCUCCAAGGAAUACGGCUGGUCGGCAUUGGGGGUGUACCUGCUUCUCUCGGCGAUGGAUUUCCCCAUCUGCUUCCUGGCAGUGCGUUGGCUGGGCGUGGAGCGGAUCGGUCGCUACGAGCACAUGCUCGUGGAGUCGGCCAAGGAUGCUAUGCAGCGGGUGUGGCCUCGCAGUGAGGAGGAGGCUGCUAGCGAGGAGGCUCAGGAGCAGCCUAGCAAGGAGGAACAGAAGAAAGGGGAAGCGAGUCUCUGGACGCAGGUCAUGCUCGCUUACGCCAUCCACAAAAGCCUCAUCUUCAUCCGAGUGCCCCUCACCGCAGCCAUCACCCCCAAGGUCGUGAAGACCUUGCGGCAAUGGGGCUGGGACAUCGUAAAGGGCAAGCCAAAGGGCAUGUAAGCGUCAGCGUCAGCGCUAGCGCUAGCGCCUGUGUACAACAUUAACCGGUGCGUUGUGUACAACAUUAAGCGACGCUGUGAAUCUUCUGCGUCAUAUCUGUAACAUCUACACUACAUUUUUGUUUU